AUAUCAGGUCGCUUCUAUUGUUCCUCAGGUUGCCUGGAGCUGAGACUUCGGGAGGACACGUGCUGUUAGUUAGCAGGAUUACAAAAAAAGUAGAUGGAUUCCCAGAGAACCUGAUGGAACUGCAGCUGAAAUUGUGACGUCGAGGACAGAAACAAAAUAUCUCAGCACACAGCUAAACAAUCGGCAAAAAUGAAUGGACAGAAGCAGUGGACGAGGGUGGCUGUGAUGGCUCUCCUGGUGCUGACGGUGAUGGCCGCCGAAGGAGGCAAAGCAGAGAAACAAGGGAAGAAGGAGCGCAAGUCGGACUGCGGCGAGUGGCAGUGGAGUGUGUGCGUAGCCAAUGAAGGGGACUGCGGACUCGGCACCAGGGAGGGAACGCGCACCGGCACCGACUGCAAGCAGACCAUCAAGACCCAACGCUGCAAGAUCCCCUGCAACUGGAAGAAGAAGUUUGGAGGCUCCCAUCCAUCUCACCCUACACCUCCACAUGAUGUAUGGUCGCCUGUUAUUCUCACAAACAAUGGCCCUACUUCCACAAUGGGAGGGAGAGAGCUUGCUAAUUAGAGGUCCUACAGAAACGUCUGCCGAAGACGUGAUGCAUUGUCAUUGAAAAAAUAAAAAAACAGG